AAAUGAUUUCUGAUGCCACCUAUAUUGAAAUGCUUAAAAACUGCUCAAAAUGGAACAGUCGAGUAAUGAGUGGAAGAACUCGUUCACAAACUGCUGUUUAUGAUCAACAGACUGGAGUAAUGCAUCGCCCUACUGAGCAUCUUUUUCGAACGGCCUCUGAACGUUGUCGUUCACGAAAUCCUAUGCAGGUCUAUGUUUAUACUCCCCAACGUUGGGUCCGACCCAAAACUACACCCUCUGCUGCUGUUGAAACCAACUACUUUCUGAAGAAUAACCCAACUUUGAGGGACGUUCUCAACUCUAAAGACCCAACUCAGCUGUCUUUAAUGUCAAAUGCAGAUUCAACAUCAAAUGAUCAGGCACAACAGUUAUAUACCAACAUGUCCGUCCGUUCGAAUAUGUCAUAUAUGGGAGGGAAUGGAGGCACAAAAAUUUAUGACAAUGAUGUAGACCUGAACGAUUAUGAUUUAGACGAGCCUGAAUUAAACGAACAAUCUGAUGAAGAUGAUUGGGGCUCGAACAAACCAAAACAACGUAAAAGAGGUGGCGGUGCUGUUGUUGGAGGCCGUCCUCUUCUUGGCCGUCCACCAAAGAGAUUAGCGAAUGCAAACAUGGGUGGUUCUGGCGGUUCUACUCCAAAUGUUAUGAGAAUUGCAAAAAAUGGAGAGCAAGUCGAUUCUCCUGGUUAUAUGGGUUCUAGUGGUGCAAAUGAAGACGGAAGAUCUGUGGCCGCUCCUCCUCCAGAUAUUCGUCCAUUUGUUUGUCAAUUCUGUGGAGCCAAAUACAAAUCCAGACCAGGCUUAACUUAUCACCGCGCCCACACUCAUCAAGCAGAGAUAGCAGCCACAAAAAAUGAUGUGCCACCAAGUCCUAUGAUAUCUUCAAAAGUACAAGCUUCGGAUUAUUGUGACUUUUGUCUUGGCGAUUUGACAAAAAAUGCGGCUGGGAAAGCUGAGGAAUUGGUUUCCUGUCAUGAUUGCGGACGCUCUGGUCAUCCAACUUGCCUUAAAUUUACCAAAAAUAUGUUGAUCUCUACUAAAAGAUAUGGCUGGCAAUGCAUUGAAUGCAAAGCCUGUAGCAUUUGUGGAACUUCAGAAAAUGAUCAUCAACUGCUUUUUUGUGACGACUGUGACCGUGGCUUCCACCUUUACUGCCUAAAACCUCCAUUGCAAGUGCCACCCGAAACUGAUUGGAGUUGCCAUUUAUGUAUCCAGGCGUUUGGCGCAAAUGCUUCAAUUAAUAAAUCACAUUAA